GCGACACACGAGUAGUUGAGGUCAGAGAAAGAGGAAGAGGAAAAAGAAAACAUGGCAAUAACACUGAACAAUGGCUUCAAGAUGCCCAUCAUUGGAUUUGGUGUGUGGCGCAUACAAGGAAAUGAAAUCAGGGACCUAAUUAUCAAUGCCAUCAAAGUCGGUUAUCGUCAUUUUGAUUGUGCUGCUGACUACAAGAACGAAGCUGAAGUUGGAGAGGCACUUAAGGAGGCUUUUGAUAGUGGCCUUGUGAAGAGGGAGGAACUUUUCAUCACUACCAAGCUCUGGAAUUCGGAUCAUGGACACGUUCUGGAGGCCUGUAAGGACAGUCUCAAGAAGCUUAAGUUAAAUUAUCUAGAUUUAUAUCUUGUUCACUUUCCUGUAGCCGUCCGGCAUACUGGGGUUGGUACUACUGAUAGUCCUUUGGCUGAUGAUGGAGUCCUGGACAUAGAUACCAGUAUAUCUCUGGAAACUACAUGGCAUGCAAUGGAAGAACUUGUUUCAUUGGGCUUGGUUCGCAGCAUAGGUAUCAGCAACUAUGAUAUCUUUCUGACCAGAGACUGUUUAGCAUAUUCCAAGAUAAAGCCUGCUGUGAAUCAGAUUGAAACUCAUCCAUACUUCCAGCGCGAUUCUUUGGUCAAAUUUUGUCAGAAGCAUGGGAUUUGUGUUACAGCCCACACUCCACUUGGCGGUGCUGCAGCAAACACAGAAUGGUUCGGUACAGUUUCAUGUUUGGAUGACCAAGUUCUCAAAGGUCUGGCUGCAAAAUACAAAAAGACUACUGCUCAGAUUGCUCUUCGCUGGGGCAUUCAAAGGAACACUGUGGUCAUUCCUAAAACAUCAAAAUUGGACAGACUGAAAGACAAUUUCCAGGUAUUUGAUUUUGAGUUGGCUAUAGAGGACAUGGAGCUCAUCGGAAGUAUGGACAAGAAAUAUCGAACCAAUCAACCAGCCAGGUUUUGGGGCAUAGAUCUUUUUGCUUGAGAAUGCCCUUCCUCUCUAAGCAUGUAUCGUGAUCCUCUAAAUAUGCAAAAAUACUGCCUGAGUGCCUGUUCACCCUUAAAGACUUGUAUUGACAUUCGGGUUUGGCAUAAGCUUAAUCAAAUCUAAUAAGCUUUUGUUGUUACGUGUAAUGUGCUCAGUGAUGGUUAGCCCUUGUCAAAUCUUUCAAACUAAAAUUGGUGAGAUUGCAAAAUAUUUUGGUGCUGAAAUUGUUUACUCCCAUCCCUUUUACCACUGUUCUAUUUGGGAGUCCUCGCCAUUAUAAAUGUGUAGUUGAAAAGUUUCUGAAUGGUAACAGUUUUUCUUUUUAC